AAAGGGGGAAAAAGGUGAUCUUCAUCUCUCUGUCUCUCUCUUCUCUCCAAAUCCCCAGCUGGAGCUCCGAUGAGAGACACGGCAGGAUGGGACCAAAGGAUAAGAUCAGCUCACCCUCUAUUGAUGAAUGUGUCUCUGGAGGAUCCAUGGGAGGAGGAACCCCUUUAAAGAAGGGGCCUUGGACUUCUGCUGAAGAUUCUCUUUUGGUGGAUUAUGUUCAAAAGCAUGGAGAGGGGAAUUGGAACGCCGUUCAAAAAUACUCUGGGCUUUCUCGUUGUGGAAAGAGCUGUCGUCUGAGGUGGGCUAACCAUCUGAGACCAAAUCUUAAGAAAGGUGCUUUCACACCAGAGGAGGAGCAGAAGAUCAUUGAACUUCAUUCUCAAAUGGGUAACAAAUGGGCUCGGAUGGCUGCACACUUACCAGGGCGGACUGAUAAUGAGAUAAAGAAUUAUUGGAACACUCGUAUUAAGAGGAGGUUACGUGCUGGCUUACCUCUCUACCCUUCAGAUAUGUGUUUGCAUCCUUACAACGAGAAUCAGCCUGGGCUUAAUGCCAGUGAUGACUUCAACUAUGAUGAUAAUCAUUCAAAUGAACUCUUACAUGGAAAUAGCUUCAAUUUUCCAGGUCAUAUGUUUGACGGCAUGAAAGUUAGUCAGGGUCUUAUAUCUUAUGCAUCACCAUUAAUGGGCUUUUCCCCAGGCAACGCAAUUGGUCGUCAGGGAUUUGGUUCUCAAAACUACAACUUCUUGAAUCCGACUAUGAAUUGUACGAAACAGUUACAAGAGUCUGAAACUUUGUUUCCUCAUGUUCAAGACGGCAUUGCUAGCAGGAUUCCUCAAGUUGAGCCUCUCUCAGUCUCAGAUCGGAUUCCUCUGAAGGUUCAUCAGCCAUUUGGAUUUCCCUGUGAUUCUGACCCUUGUAACAAAGACCUGGCACCUUACGGAGGUGCUGUCAAUGGUAGCCAUGCCCAUACCCUUUUGAAUGGCAAUUUCUCUGCUCCCAGACCCAUUACUGGGUCUGUGGAGUUGGAGCUCCCUUCACUCCAAUAUCCAGACACUGAUCUCGGUAGCUGGUCUGCAUCCCAUGCACCACCAGAUCCAAUUGAUACCUAUGUUCAAUCUCCUUCUGGUACUAUGUCAUUGCAAUCUGAUGUUGAAUCACCAAGGAAAUCUGGAUUGCUUGAGGCAUUAAUUUACGAAGCUCAGAUGCUUGGGAAUGAAAAGAAUAAUCUGUCUGAAAAGAGCUCGAGUUCUUCGGUGUUUACACCAUGUGAGGCUGUGGAAAGUGCGGCAGCUAACAUUUGUGAGGCAGAUUAUGAACUAUUUCAUGAUCCAAUUUCUCAGCACACUGCUCCCAUUAGUGAAAAUCCAUUCGGAGCAGCAGCUUCAGUGGAGUCGUCUUCUCAACUGGCACCACCUGAUCCAUCUUCCUGGAGACCUGAUUUCUUGCUCGACUCCAGUUGGCAUGUCGGAAAUACAAACUAUCACAGCAUGUUCAGCAAUACUAUUGAAUCACUUCUUAAUGCAGACUUAUCAGCUGAACAAAAGCAAUCACCCGUUGGACCAUCAUCCAAAUUUCCUAAGGUACAACAGCUCGACUCGAGCACAUGGAACAUUAUGCCUCGUGUAUGUCCAAUUUCCGAGCUGCCUUGAGAUCAUUUACGCGGCAUUGAUUCUCAAGGAUUGUUUCGCUAUAGGUGGAUUAAAAACGGACUUGCCUGUUGUCUUCCUCAAUUUGCUGAGAGGAUCGAAUUUGUCGGUCAUCAGUUCUUCCCAGUGCGCUGAGCCAUAUUUGCCAUUUCCAUCGUCUGUAAUGCUAAAUAGUUCAAUUGGCAAUCAUCGAAGCGAGGAAACGUGAGUAACUCUGUUAUCAGUGUGGAAUAACAUGCUCUCUAAGCGCCAUAAACAAAUUUUAAGACUCUACUGUGUUGUUUUACUGUUAUUUGAUGAUGAUGAUUUAGUUUGAAUUUGAUAUCA